UUGAUGUUGUAAGGAUCUUAGCUAGAGGUUCCUAAAUGAAGCUAUUCGACAUCAAUUCAUGUUUCUAUACAAUCAUUCACUAGAUGUCGCUGUACACAAUUUUAUUCUAGAAGUAGGUAUGCGGUUUGCCUAGUUUUAGGCGAAAACCAUUUUAAAAUUAUUCAGAACUUUCGAGUUUUGGUUGUGUUAUUUUACCAUCACGAAGGAUGCAAUGUGUGAAUUUGGCUUUAUUUUGUUUUGAAAAUAGCUCAGUAAAUACGAAAACCUUAGAAGCAGCCCAGUUUAAAUUUACGCCAGUAGUAUGGGUUGUUUGAACUGUUGAAAGCACUCUGAAUAUGCCUAGAGGAUAUACUCAUUAGCAAAUCUUUGCAAAACUAUUCAGAUAGAACCCCCAACAUAGAGAGCAAUAGCAACACAAGCCUACGACGAAGCACUUCAUUAUAUUUAGGCACAGCAAAAUCAGCAAAAUCACAUUUGCUAGCAUUGCUUAAAAUAACGCGUUUACACGAAUGGCGUAAAAUUAGAUGAAAUAAAGAAGCGUACGAAUGCGUUUGUGGGGUGUUUGACGUUUGUCAAAAUCAUAUUUGUUUCAAUUUAUUUGUCAUUUCUCUCGCCAUGGUACAACCGUUUCUUCGGCUCAAGGCUGCUUUGCCCAACGGCUGCUGUCAAAUAGUUUCGUGUUGUUGGCCUGGCGGCAUUUAGAUAUUUUGCAAGCAAAACAUUUCAUCAAAAUGCCGAAAAAAUUGUACACGUUUUGCUGUCGAAUGUGUCUGCAUGAUGGUUCGGUCGAUCAACUGUUCGAUAUCUAUUCGGUGAAAGGAUUAGAUGAUAAACUACUGAGGGUAUUCAAUAUACAGAUUACCGCUCAAGAUAGUUGCACCACCAAUAUUUGUUUGACUUGUUUUCAAGAGACACUGACACUCGAGCAGCAAAUGCAGCAGUUCCAAAAGAAUAAAGAAACUGUUCUUAACAAUCAGCAGCGAUUGAAAAAGAAGGCUCAAGCAGCAACAAGUGAAUUACGUACUACAACACCACAUAGAACACAAACAGUAAAACGUAACCAAUCUGGGCAAACACAGAUUGCGCCAGCAGAAUCCGCGAGUAUCUUAAAAAAUAUCUUAAAGAAGAAUAUGCAAACUGCCAUAUUGCCUAACGGUAACAAAGAAUUAAAUGUUUCUUCGAAUGCAAGCACCGCGUCAGUUUUGGAUAAAACAAACAAGCGUAAGAAUAGGUCUGCAAAGGGAAAAGAUAAAAAUCCCCUUUCAGCCUCUCAGCCGUCUUCGAAAGUGUCCUCUAACGAAAAGAAGCCAUCGGAGCCAAGGACUCCAAAAUCCUGCAGCAAAAAUCCAAAAUCUUCUCCAGCUGCUAAUAUACAGCAGCCUACAGUUAAACCUGCAAUGCGUACAAAGGCUAAGGAUGGCAAUUUAGAAAAACAAUCUGUCUCGAAAAUUCAUCCGCUUGGUCCUACUAAUGGACAAAAUGCUGUUCAACAAACGCUGUCCACAAAUUCGGCAAUGGUUAAUACUGCAGAAUGUGCUACAACCGACACAAUCUCAAACAAUGCUGUACAGCUUCACGGCUUACAAAACAACGCGAUAAGUGCAAGUAAUAUUAUCCUGCAUCAAAAUACUGAUACUAUUAAUUCAAUUCUGAGUAAUACUAACAAAACUGUUUCGAAUGUGGUCCAAACGGUUCAAAGUAUUAAACAAAAUAUACCCGUUCAUGUGAUUGACAUUCAACGAACAACGCAAGAAACGAAUCAGCAGCCACAAUCCUUGGAACAGGUUGCGGUUGCGGAAAACUCAUCGUUGACUCCAAAGGGUCCAGUAAAUGUGCCUGUCACAAUUCUGCCAAAACCCGGAAUACUUGUUAAUACAUCAGGUGUGAAGAUUGUGCCUUUGCUGAGAGUCAAUAGUACAGAUAUUUUGCAGCCAUUGCAAGGUGGACUGUGUUCGAUACCUUUGGCUAACAUAUCAACCUCAAUCGUUCCUCAAGAAUCUCGAGCUGUUGGUACCGCAUCGACGGUAAUUCAUACGGGAACAAGAAGCAGCCCUGCGGCGACAGAAGGCCAACAGUUAGCAACAACAACUAAUACACAACACAAUUCUAUUGCACUGGCUCAUAGCAGUUCCUCUGCACUGGCACAAAACAGUUCCUCUGCACUGGCACAAAACAGUUCUACUGCACUGGCACAAAACAGUUCUACUGCACUGGCACAAAACAGUUCUACUGCACUGGCACAAAACAGUUCUACUGCACUCACUACAGUUAGCCUAUCAAACGAAAGCAGAGAAAGUGUAAUCAACCAUACAACAUCUCCCGGUGCCAUCAAAAAACGUCGCCACAGUACCUUCAUUCGAGUAUCGUCCAAUUUAUUUGAUGAACCUGCGGAAAAAGCACAAUUUGCAAUGCUGAAUAGUAAUCAAUUCGUGCGCAACAUUGAAUCUCUAACCAAUGUACCACCAAUGGCCACCAUUCCGCGUUUACCAGUACUUCCACAAGGCCAUAGAGUGCAGAUAGUUAGUAACCCCCAGAUAAUGAUGCCGUUCAAUUCCGCUAACGUUGAUACCAUGAACCAACGGCCACUAUUCCCAACGACUUCUCAAAAUAACAAUUUAAGGCAACCGAUCGCCAGCAACUUCGGAAUCAAUUAUGGCACGAAAUUCCUACCAAGAGCAGUAAACACAACAACUUUUGUUCAAUCACCAUUUACAUCUACUACGUCAACUCAACAGAGUAGUGCAGUGGUUAACAGCAGCAUUGGCAGCUACUACUCUAGGUACAUGCCUAACAGUCAGCUCAGUAGUAAUAUUGUUGCGAAUAGAAAUAAUGUGUUCGUAUCUUCACCCAGUACUUCGACUCUGCAACGUGCUUGCUUCAAAUGCAACCUUUGCUGCUCAUAUUAUCUGUUAGAAUCGAAUUUAGUAAUACAUUUACGCAGAAUACAUCAGUUGGAAAAAAGCGACCAGACAUGUUCGACAGUUAACGAUCCCGAAAUUGUCAAAAGGUUGGUUGCCCGCACUCGGCGCAAAUCCAUCGCUGAUCCGCUACUGCUAAAUAAUAAUCGUACGUAAAUAAAAUGAUUUGAGAAAUUCUUGAUUUAUCUCGAAGACAGAAUUGAUGUAAUGAAUUGCAUUCGUAAAUGAAAAUCUUGUUACUACUUUAAUAUAAGAACUUUAUUCCACAUUUAACAUUCACCAAUGCAAAACAUGCGAAGUGUUGAUAUUCUCACGUCUUACAAAUGAGAAAAACAAAAGGUUUACGAUAUGUCUAAAUUAACUGCAAAAACAAUAUAAUGGCAGAUACAUAUAUAUGGACAUAAUACAAUAGCGUUGAACAUCAGAUUGGAAUUAGUUUCAUAAAGUUUGCUUUUGGUUUUGGGAAUAAUUUGAAUUAUUGUUACCUUGUACAAUCAAAACUAAAAUAGUUGCAUAUGGAAGCAGCAAACUCAUUAUCAAACGAAAUGCAGUAGCUACAGUGUAGCUCUCAUUUUUAUACUAAUUAUGCAUAAACAAAAAAAACUAAAACUUCUAAACCAGCAAAAGCUUAAAGGACGUAAGUGGUGCCUCCCAAGUGCCUUCAAGACUAAGCGGCAUUGCGUGGUGGACCGUAAAAUGAAGAACGGCGCGUUAUGUUGUUAAUGACUUUGAACUAUGAUUUUGUACGGCGAGUUAUAUGGACGUGAUUGUAGGUUUCUAGGGUACUAGUUUACCGUUAAAGGGCUUUAGUUCUGGAUGGUUAUUGGUGUUACCAAAAAACCUUGUUCCGGAAGGUAUCAUACCGUGUAACAUGCAACCCGUUUUAAUAAAUUUACUUCAUUUUUAUGUACUUUAAUUUCGUGUAUGUGUUUCCUUCCUUCUGGUCGAUCACACAAAUCGGAUCAGAAUAAAACUAUAUUCUUAUACUAUAUAUUCAUGAUGAUAAUAGUGCCUAAGCUAAUUUACUGUUCUCAGUUGUCUGGUAAACGACACACGAAUGAUUCAAAAAUUCAAAUAAAAAAAACUGUGUUUAUUUGUGAAUAGCUUAGCUAAUUGCAAUAUUCAUUGCAAUCUAUUCCACAUCAAAAGUGUUUUAAAUCCUAUAAAGAAUAUGCAAAAAUAUUCCUUUGCAACAAGAAUUUCCUGCAUGUGUCGAGCUACAAAUUGAUCAUAUUUUGCCUCGGAUGAUCGUGGCUGAACGGUAUGUAAGUUAGAGGUCUGCUUUUUACACGUUUUCAAAAAACAAGUAGUGUAUUAACUAAACUUCAAAAAUGUUAACGUCCGUGACAAAAAGAAAACAAACCCAAAACCAAAUGCACGAGAGAGCUGACGAGAUCAACAGCAAUGCUCGCUCAAAAUAUCAACACCCGAUGCAAGUAGAAGGGAGAAGCAACAAUAUUCACUACACCGUGGAGGGGACUCGGAACUUUAGGUUUAGUCGGGCCUGAGUAGGUUUAGGCCGUUUUCGUGCACGAUCGUUGAUUUUAAUUCAAGCCAUUGCGGCGUGAGGACAUGAGUCGGUGUUUUCGAUAAGUUAACCAAACCAGUGCAAUCUUUGAAACUGUGUCAGCGUGGUGAAAUGUGAUGGAAAAUUGUUGAAAAUCGAAUCAAAUGUGUAUAACAUGGUGUUCGUAAUUUUACGACACAGGUGUAUUAUACAGCAGCACGGUUACUGCAUCCGGUGAAAGGAUUGGUUGGCGUGUGAAACCUAAACGUGUGAAAGAAAUCCAACCGAAUCCUUUGCACAAGAUUGACAUCGAAGAUAGAAGGAUUUACAAAGAAGUGGUAGAAGUUAAAAAGAAGUUUUUUUUUUGAAUUUUUGGCUGGUUGCAGUGCUCGAGUCCACAAAUCCAGCGGAACGGCCAUUAAAGGGGCUGUUUGGGAUUCAUAGAUGCGAUGAAGUGGAACAACCGUAAAAUAACGACAUUGUUGUCGUUAUUUAUCAUCACUAGUUUAUGGACGUUAAGCGAGGCGUACCGGGGAUCCGUCCGAUUUACAUCUCGAUCCGAGCACGUGGAACCAGACAAUGCACAUGAACUGCCAUCAAAUUCCGAUGACGAACAACCCGUUACACUUUCAAACAGUCGUUUUGUUCGAAGGCGUUCUACAUCAACAACAACUACCUUACCUCUGGAUUCAUAUACGAAAGCGUAUGGCAAGGAAAAGCGACGAGGUUUUAGAGAUGGACCAACUUCAUCUAGAACCAGCAUCGAGAUUGCAGAUGAACACGAAGCGAAUAAUCGUGCAACCGUUCCGAAUCGACGAACGAAACAAAAUAGUGCUUUCUCGUUGCGAACGGAAAUCAUUGCACAGAACGCGUUUGAAAGACGUAUUGAUAACGAUAAAGAGCAAAUUCUAACAAAUGCGUUAGAGCCUGCAAAAAAAGAGAAUCCUUCUUCGCAGCGGCGUCGAUCCAAGAGCAGAAAUUUGGACCAAGAACCUAUAUCUGCGAUUGCGAAUAGCGGUGCUGUAAACGACCGGGUAGCGAAAAGAGUCAACCCAUUAACAACAUUAAGCCCGAACCUUUCAAAUGAAGUGAGAGAAGAAUUAAAAGGGUCGGCUCAACGUUUUACCUCACGAGGCGCAACCAAAGGGUCGAAUCUUGUUGCAUCACACAAGCGUGAAGAGGGCUCUUCGGAGGAAAACUAUCCAGAACAGUUUAAGAAGCUAUUGAAAGCGCAGCUUAAUGAUGAUAAAUUGAAGACAGCGUACGUGAAAAAUUUGGAAAGCACAACCAAGAAAAAUGUACAUGUUGUGCCCGAACGAAGGAAAAUUCAAUCUGUACCAUCAACUACGGAAGCCACUGUGACUGCUAACAAAUCUAAUCAAGCUGCUACUCGACGCGUGGAACUGUCGAGGGAAGCCGUCACGAAAGAAAACAAAUUUCAACAUCGAACUGUAGCGCCAAAGGCCAGAGAACAAACGCAUAGAAGAAGUUCGCAGUUUUCAGAAACAAACAAUACAUCUUCCGAAACCGUUCUACAAUCGUUGCGUACCACUAAGAAAAGCACCUCGUCAGAAUCGUCCUCGGAGCAGCUUCUUUCGGUGCGGCAGCUCAGCAUACGCACGCGGUACAGCGAAAGAAAUGAGCAGACUUCGAACGAAAGAUUAAGCACUCCCGACAAGACAUCCGUAGAAGUUGCGGAUGAAAAGCCAACCAAAUCGCAUGUCCGACCGGCAAUCGAAGCUAGGAAGCGGCUUACAAAUCCAAUCGAACGUCAGUCCCGUGGCAAUGUGAAGGUGUUAAGUACGACUACUCCAGGACCAACGACUACGGUGAAAUUGAUCACGCCCAGGCCCGUUCGGACGUACACGCGAAAACAGAACACAUUGAGUUAUCUUACUUCGACUACUACCGAGGCAACGACUACAACUAGAAAACCGUUCUCACCUGCACCAAGGUCCGGAUCCUUGGCACAACGUAAGCCAUUAGUAGCGUCAGUUGAACAGAGUGCGUUAAGAACCAGCACCGAAAGAAGCUCUACGGUGUGGCGAUCGCACACCAGGAAGCAACCGCCAGACGAGUUUACAAAUGAUUUAGUCAACUCGCGUGAAGCAACCCAAUCGGCAGUAAACGAUAUUGAAGAAGGACCUCAACAAAUCUCACUUCUAUACACAAACCCGGUGGAAUAUCUGAGAAGAAGACAAAAUUCAACCAAAACAACAAAGAGUUCUGUUAUCAAAACCACAACAACAACUUCUUCAGCAAGAUCAAAUGAAAGCUUUACAAAGGCACCAAUAAGGCAUCAUUCGCGGAAAUCUUCACUAACUACAAGGCCAACAGUUUCCAGCAGCAGCAACGCCAAUAUUGGGUUCAAACGGCCCCCAUCUUUUUCAUCCAUUCGGUCAAAUAAAAAACCUGCCGUAUACACGCCAACGAUUCCAACAUUUACGACGCUAUCGACGGUAAAGGUUAUCCCCGAUGGUCAAAUUAUGCAAAAGCCUGCUAACUUCAGCACAAAACUGCCAAGCCGCAUCGCUAGCCUAUCUUCCUACUCCACCACCGCUGCACUAGCUAACGAAAUCGAUAUCUAUGAUGAUGAUCACAGAGCCGCGAUCGAAUCAACCGAUCAGUAUGAUAGGGAAGACGCCGAAGAAUACGUCGAAAACGAACUCCAGUUGGAGGAAGCCCAACGAAAGGUGUUAUCACAUCAUCAGGAUCCUAACGUGGCUAUCGCAAGUGGAGAGAAACGAUCCGGAGGCACCGAAAAACAGAUCGCUCCAGUUUCGUCUGGCUUGACCCAGAGCCAUAUCGACAUUGACACACCGAGCCAUCGGGUCCAGGACGUGCCGUCCGCCGUGACCGUGUCAAUAUUCAGCGCUCUGUCCGAGAUCCUUUCGCAACCUACCGAAAGUUUACAAUUUUUGUCCUCCAGCACUGAUGCACCAACCUCUACGUCUGCAUCUACAACAAGCACCACUUCAACUUCUACCACCACAACCACCACAACCACCACCACUACCACCACCACUACUACCACUACGACUAUAUCUCCGCCUCCUCAAUCACCAGAACCGUCUUUAUUUUCUAGCAAAUCCAACGACAAGGUACUGGAAAUGGUGGGCAACAGUUCUGCCUUUGCUUCCAACGUACUGCCUGUGAGCGCGGGCGAUACGUUUGUACAUACUGCUAGCUAUCAGGAAUCUACCGAUAACCCGAAUGUAAAUAAAACAGAUCUAACCAUUGCAAGCACACGGAUCGCGGAGGGGAAUGUGACGAUUAGGCAAAACUCGUUAGCAAGUUCUGGAGAGACUGCAUCGACACAGGCUACGCCAUUGUGGACACAACUAUACGAGCAGGAAGAAACGAACAGUCACGACUGCGUCCUGUGUGCAGAAAAUGAUAUCGAAAAUAGAAUUCUCACGGAUGCAUUCCCUUCUGUUGAGGAAAGAUCGAUUGGCAGUACGAUUAGUGAUUCGUUUCUUCCUACCGUUCCCGCUGUAUCCAGCUCUUCGUCCGACGCCCGUGUCCUUAAGGAUACCGCUGAUGCUGAUGUUGUUCCUUUAUCCAUUACACAGAAACCGUUAGUGCCUGCAGCAGAAACGGAAGCGAUGGAGACUGCGACACCGACACCGACUACCACACUGCUCACUACUACUCAUGUGACUGAAGAACGGGACCACCUCACCGAAAUGACUACCAUCAUUCCAAUCUAUAGUGCCCCAUCAGUGGACAUGCUUCCUAGUACCGCCACUACCAUCACCGCUGUAGACCACUUUGAAUCCGUGUUUACUGUAACAGCUUCAAAUAACGAUGCCUUACUAAUAGAGGGUGCUUCAUCGACGGUGCAUCCGUUUUCGCCACAAUUCGCUUCAGAACCCCUUACUACUCCUCACUACGAACAUACAACUCAAACACAAUCUCAGACUGUCAAUCCCCACGAUAAAAUCAGUGCUCUUGAACAGACAACUUCAACAAUGUCACCCUACAUUACCCAGUUUACUGAAGUUAGCGACUUGAUGGAUACUAGUACCAUUUUGUCAAGUGUCAAAAUUGGAACCGAAUCGUCAGAUGAAUCCGUUCUCCCUGCUUCGACAACCAUUGCUUACACUAACCAUAAUUCCACAUCCGGCAACAGUAGCAAUGCCAUAGUAGAUCCACGCCAACUGUCAGCGACUAGUCCACCCGACCAGGCCACUGAACGGCCUGCCAAGAUAAUGAACAGUACACCAUUCAUCAUCACUCCCAUCACCCCAAUUGCUUCCACCACUGGUUCGCAACAGACGAGCUUCACCGCAUACGUUACGUCACCACCAAUGACCGUAAGUAAGACACCUCACUCUUUCCCAUCUGUUUCCGAUGUCACCACUCGCCCAUCUUCUUCCGAUCUGCUGGCUCGGCUCGGUUUUGCCAAAUCUCUCGAAACUACCACCGACGAGUACCGAUCGAGAUUCAAAACGCGCAUACCAGUCUUGCCAAUUGGCUUCCAUGAUCCUGCCCCUGUCUUGAGGGCGGACUCUUCUUUCAAUCGAUCUUCGCUUUCGUUUACGACUCUGACACUAUCGAGCACAACUGAUACUGUCAAGGCUGAACCGAUUCGUUCCACUGUUCCCGUGACGUCCACAACCGCAAUUCCUGCGGUGAGCACAACCGGUUAUCCCACGGUCAGCAAACGAUCCCGCGGGAUUGUCGUGUAUGGCAUACUGCCGAACAAUACCGUUGUUCGGCGGGUGAUUGGUGGAGAAGAUGAGCAUGUCCACACAACGACAGAGAACGUGCGGGUCGUGUAUGGGAUAUUUCCGAAUGGUACGGUGGUGAAACGCUAUCCGAACGGUACGAUCGUGCCCGAGGUCAAGCGCCAUAGUCCCGUGGAAGUUACCAACAUCGAUCCGCGUGAGCUACGCAACCCGAACAGUCUCAUCUAUCGCACAUCAGAAAUUCCGCCACUAUUACAGUCGUUGGGUGUCGCUCCACCAGCCACUAGCACCACAGCCUCUACUAGCACUACUAUAACCACCAAGCCAACUGACAGCACGGCAUCCACUACAGAGAGUACUGUUGUCUAUAGUACUACUGCUCUACCUUCUAGUAUCACUUUUUCCACCACAAUGAACCAACCCACGGGUACGACAACUAUUAUAGAAAUAUUGCGCAAGUACAACGAAGCGAACCAGUUGGAUGCUAAGGUGAAAUCGGAUAAUGUCUUUAGCCUAACAGGGGGCAAGACAAAAUCAACGAACAAAACGAAUAUUACUGGUACUACGACACAAGUUUCUUCGGUGGAAAGUUCCAAUACUGGCAACAGAGUUCAUGAAGAUGUCAGAGUCUCACGACCAAAUUCACCCGACUUAGUGUAUCGAUGGAAACCGAUCAUAACAUCAAGCACAAGUACGAACGAUAACGAAUUGAUUCCUACAACGAGUGAGCCAAAGACCACAACGGCAUCAGCUACACCGAGUGUGUCCGAGAAUACCGUACCAGAUAUGAUGGGAGUUGGUAAAGGAAAUUUUGGUUCGGUAGGAUUCGGUUUAGAUAGUGGUGAGGAGCCAUUUCCUAUAAGCAACAGUUCGGAAGAACCAUCCGCUACGAUAAACCGGAAGAAGAGUGGCGUCAUAAGUGUUAGAAACGAAAAUACCGGGUCGCCUAAUUCGGAGAUUAACCUAUUUUCAACAUCAAGCGUACCUACCGUGGAUGACACUACCAUAUCAACCACCGGGAGGGUAAUUAUAGCAUCAAUUGUUGAAAGUACAAUGCCUUUUGAACGGCCUACAAGCACAACGCCUUCAACCACUACUAGACCAACCACUCCCUGGACAACGAUUGUUAGCACAACUCCUAGCACUACGAGCACUUUGAGCACAACAAGCACAAAGGCGUCUACAUCUACCAGCACGAUGGUUCCAACUACAAGCAAAAGUACGUUACGCAAAUCGACAGCAACUGUUUAUCCUGCUACCACACAAAGAACACGUACAACAACAUUCUCCGAUGCGGAUGAUUUAGCAUUCUUGCGUCAACUAGCAAGAUUCCUGAACGGAGGGCAGUCACCAAGUAACAAUGGAAGAAAAACUACAAAAAAACCUACCACUACUUCAACUACUACCACUACCACCACUACUACUCCGAAACCUACUACGACUACAACAACGUCGACUACUACUACUACUAGCACAACUACAACGACUACUACGCCCAGCCCAACAACAACGCCGAGUUUAAGCACCGUCAUCAUUGAUAAGGAUGAUCCAGCCUUUCUAAACGAUGUGCGUAAAUUGCCCAACUUUGCAACACCAAAUCCCCUCGUCGAUACACCGCUGGCUAAUAGAAUACUUCAGCUAGCAAUACAAAGAGAUCCCAAGAGCAUCGCACGAUUACCCUUGAAAACUGGGAAUGAGUUUCCAUCGUACGAAAAGCCACGCACCGAGAGUCAGCCGAAAGAAAUCUCUAAAGCGACUACCCUGUCUCCGGAGGAAAUAGAGAAAACGAAAAAGCAGCUGGAUCGGGAGGUACAGCAGUACAACAAUGAUUUGAAACUUCUUUCGAAUCUACUGGGAAGACCCAUUACCGAGAAAGAUAUUCCGAGUCUUACCAAGCAGCUUGGAACAGGUGGCUCCGGACCAUUGUUCGCAAAUACUGGACUAUCGGCGACGAGAACGACGACAACGACGACAACAACGAGCACAACGCACCGGCCAACCUCAACAGCAGACGGUGAGCUGUUGAAGCAGCUGCUUCUCACGCAACAACAGCAACACAAUAGCAGCCCAGCAGUUAUUGAGCGACCAGAGUUUUACGGUAAAACUAAUGAAGCAAUUUUGGCAGCCGUACUGAAGCAGCGUGGCAUAGGACCGUCAAAUACGAACGGAAAUAUUGAGGACAUUUUGGCGCAAAUAUCGCCUGGCGCUCGGACGUCUACUUUACCUCCGAUAGUUAUCACAACACCGCGGCCCACACCGAGACGCGUUCGUCCCCCACAACCACCGCCAUUACGAUCACAAAGCCCAAUUCUGGACGGCUUGAGUUGGUUGUGGCGUGAAUGGCAAGCGACAGCUCCACAGCCACGUAAUCGAGUUCCUGCUUCUGGAAGUAGUGCCGCCACCAGUGUCCGAACGGGAACGUUUGGACUGAGUGGUGGUGGUGGUGGUGGUGUUGGAGGUGGUGGUGGGGGUGGCGCUGGUGGAGGAAGAACAGCGUCUCUAGCACAAUCGUACGGAGAUGAGGGACUAGACCCGGAUGCGAAACCAAUCAACCCCAGCGUCACUGAAGAACCACCAUCGUUGUUUGGCGGGUUUGGCAUCAAUCCCGGAGGACAACUGUUGAAUGCAGCGAUCGGUGUGACUCGUGCUGUAUCACAGUUCCUAGGCGUAGCGCUACAGGGAGCAGCCAAAUCGUUUACUUCCGCGUUUCGCCCACCACCAGUCGCUAGUGAACCUGCGGACGACCUGAGCUACUACCGUUUCAGUGGUAGAUAAUGAUUCAGAUGGUUUACAAAGAAUUCUGCGCUUCGCAUCGCAACUUUCUAGACAGCAGAGAUCGAUACCGCGAAUAACGAUAGCGUUUUAGCAGAUUCUUGGCGCAGAUCUUGCCGUACCGUUGCCGUUUGGUGUAAAUAACUUUCCGUUGCGGAACUAAAAAUUUAAUUAGUAGCAGUAUCUGAAUGAAACCGUUUUUUCUGAUAUCAAUUCAAUUAACAUACGGUAACUGUAAGUCGUGUACCUCAAUAAUUUCAGGUUAGAAGAGUCAAUAGAUUAAAGAACCUUGAAUAGCUUAUGGUUGAUAAUUUUCGCACUAAGUCGGUAAACUGUCUAGUAAUAGUCUUGGGCGGGUGUAAUGGAAAACAUGGUUAUAGAUGAGAGAAAUGAACCCUUGUGAGCUCAUAAUUGAUAAGACUGUAUCGUGUGAAAAUUUAGUUACUUGUUCGCUGUGUGUAUUUUCUAUUUAUUUUACUUUCUCAGGAGGACGCGCUAAGAUUGUUGAAAUCGUUAUGCUGAACAUGCUGAAAUGAACCUUAGACAAUUCAACAAGGAUAGGAUAGAAUACAUAAAUCGAUUCGUAGGAGUAUUGAAACAAACUUGCUGUGGCUGAAAUUGGCCCGAGAAACAGAACUGUUUGUUGGAAAAAAGCAAAAUUGCUCAAGAUUUCUCAGUUUGUUGUUGGAAAAGCUUUCACAAGUAAAACAAAUGGGGACAUUACGUAGCGUAAAAGGUGAUUGUGUGCCAUUUCCGUGCAGCUUCGGAGACGGCAUUGCUAGGUAAUUGAAUUAAAUUCGAUGGGCUCUCUACACCAGCUGUAAUUUUAUAUGUAAAUUAUAGGGAAGCAGCGUCUUUUUCAAUGAAAAGCGUAAAACUAGCAAAGGCACACUGAAACAAUUUGUACAUACAUAUGGACAUAAUAAAUAUAUAUUUUACAUGUAUUGCCUA